CGGCUGGCAGCUCUCCUCGCCUCCUGCUGCCCACCACUUUCCUUGAUCGCGACCCGCGAGGCUGCACGCGCCCGUCCCUCCCCGUCCUCAAUGGUACACGCAUAGCCCACCGACACCCGCCUCCUGCCCGCAGCCAUGGCUGCCCAAACAUACUCCGGGCUCGCCGACUACGUCAAGAACCUCGCCAGGGCCCACGACCCCGCCCGCGAUGCCUCCUUCAAGGCCCAGAUAGCCGCCAACGGCGCAAACUUCACCGCCCAUGCCAUCCAGCUGCCCGGGCCCGACUGCCCUGAAAAGGCCCAGCUGCAGAAGGAGAUGGCUGCGCUGUGUGCGCGCAUCGACUUCCUCGAGCAUAAGAGCAACGCCGCCAUCCAGCCCGGCGCUCUGCCCAUCACGCCUGCCGGCGAGCCGACCGAGGAGGGCUUCGUCUACACAUCAGCCGGUGCCUUCCCCAAGCCCAGUGCGCCCUUCGACCGCCGCGGCUCCACCAAAGAGCAGCGGGCGCUGUGGGUCAGCAACUGGCUGGCUGCAAAGGAGUCCAACGGCGAUGGUGGCGAGGAGUCUGCAGCUGCCCUCACCGAGGAGCAGCUCAACUACCUGCGCGACCACCUGAACAAGCAGGCCGACCAGAUCAAGAACCAGCGCGAGCACAUUGACAAUUUGAGCGCCGAAGUCAACAAGCAGCUGAGCAACCAGAACAUGGUCUUCGAGCACGGCAUCGAGGACAUUGGUGCUCUCAAGCGUGAGCUUGGCAAGCACCAGCAGGCCAACCUGGCUUUCCAAAAGGCCCUGCGCGAGAUUGGUGCCAUCGUCACAGCUGUCGCUAUGGGCGACCUGAGCAAGAAAGUUUUGAUCCACGCCAAAGAGAUGGACCCUGAAAUUACCCUGUUCAAACGCACAAUCAACACCAUGGUGGACCAGCUGCAGGAGUUUGCUAGUCAGGUCACCUUCUUGGCCCGAGAAGUCGGUACUGAGGGUAGACUCGGCGGUCAGGCAAACCUACCAGGUGUUGACGGUAUUUGGGCCGAACUGACCGAUUCUGUCAACGACAUGGCCAAGAACCUUACCGAGCAGGUGCGAGAAAUCGCCGUAGUUACAACUGCCGUCGCCCACGGCGAUCUGAGCAGGAAAAUUGAGCGUCCAGCAAGGGGAGAAAUCCUCCAGCUGCAACAGACAAUUAAUACCAUGGUGGACCAACUGCAAUCGUUUGCGACAGAGGUCACGAAAGUGGCUAGAGAUGUCGGUACCGAAGGCAAGCUUGGUGGUCAAGCCGAAAUCGCUGGCGUUAAGGGCAUGUGGAACGAGCUGACCGUCAACGUGAAUGCCAUGGCCCAAAAUCUUACAACCCAGGUGCGAGAUAUCGCUCAAGUAACAACGGCUGUCGCACAAGGUAAUCUCACUCGGAAGGUUGAGGCUGAGUGUAAAGGCGAGAUCCUGGAACUCAAGCUCACCAUCAACCGCAUGGUUGACCAACUGCAACAAUUCGCGCACGAAGUUACCAAGAUCGCCAGAGAAGUGGGAUCUGAAGGUAGACUGGGUGGUCAAGCCACAGUUCAUGGGGUCGAGGGAACCUGGAAAGACCUGACCGAAAACGUCAACGGCAUGGCCAUGAACCUGACGACGCAAGUACGAGAGAUCGCCGAAGUUACAACAGCUGUAGCAAGAGGAGACUUGAGUCGCAAGGUCAAGGCCGAGGUCCAGGGUGAAAUUUUGUCCUUGAAGAUCACCAUCAACACCAUGGUUGACCGCCUGAACACAUUUGCCCAGGAAGUCAGCAAGGUUGCGCGUGAAGUCGGAACUGAUGGUAUUCUGGGUGGACAAGCGCAAGUCGACAACGUGGAAGGAAAAUGGAAGGAUCUCACAAACAACGUCAACACCAUGGCGCAGAACCUGACAUUACAGGUGCGAAGUAUCUCAGAAGUCACACAGGCCAUUGCCAAGGGAGACAUGAGCAGGAGAGUUCACGUGGAUGCCGAAGGAGAAAUCCGUCUACUGAAGGAUACCGUCAACGACAUGGUCAUGAGGCUCGACGAGUGGUCACUUGCCGUGAAGCGCGUUGCUCGCGAUGUCGGCGUCGACGGAAAGAUGGGCGGACAAGCCGACGUCAGGGACAUUGAUGGACGCUGGAAAGAGAUUACCACGGACGUCAACACAAUGGCCCAGAACUUGACAUCGCAAGUGCGCGCAUUCGGCGAUAUCACAAAUGCUGCUAUGGAGGGCAAGUUCACGCAGAUCACAGUUGAGGCGUCUGGUGAGAUGGACGAGCUGAAGAGGAAGAUCAACCAGAUGGUGUCCAGCUUGCGGGAGUCCAUUCAGAGGAACACGGCUGCCAGGGAGGCCGCCGAAUUGGCCAACAAGACCAAGUCUGAGUUCUUGGCCAACAUGUCUCACGAGAUCCGAACUCCUAUGAACGGUAUCAUUGGUAUGACGCAGCUUACGCUCGACACCGAUCUUACACACGCUCAGCGCGAGAUGUUGACAAUCGUCCACAAUCUGGCCGGUCAGCUCUUGACCAUCAUCGACGACAUCCUUGAUAUCUCCAAGAUCGAGGCAAACCGCAUGGUCAUGGAGGAAAUUCCAUUCUCGAUCCGUGGUACAAUCUUCAACGCGCUGAAAUCGUUGGCUUCGCGGGCCAAUGAGCGCAAAUUGAACUUGGCCUACGACGUUUCCUUCAGGGUACCAGACUACGUAGUUGGUGACUCUUUCAGGUUGAGACAGAUCAUCUUGAACCUUGUCGGAAACGCCAUCAAAUUCACUGAGCGUGGAGAAGUCAAGGUUGCCAUCAGUAUGGCACAAGAGCAGGAGUGUGGUCCUGAGCAGUACGUCUUCCAGUUUGCUGUCUCCGACACGGGUAUAGGUAUCCGUGGCGACAAGCUCAACUUGAUCUUCGACACUUUCCAGCAAGCCGAUGGUUCGACGACCAGGAAGUUUGGUGGUACCGGUCUUGGACUAUCCAUCUCGAAGAGACUCGUGACGCUCAUGGGCGGUCGCAUGUGGGUUGAGUCUGACUUUGGCAAGGGAAGUGUGUUCUACUUCACGUGCAGAGUCCGUCUUGGGAAACCUGAUAUCAGUGCUAUUCAGCCCAACCUGAGGGCGUACAAUGGACACACAGUCAUCUUCAUCGAUCAAGGCCACUCUAAUUUCUCCGACGAAGUUGUUACCCAUCUCAAAUCUCUGAACCUCGUUCCCAUGGUCGUCGGCUCUGUCGAAGAGGUACCAGCAUCAGACAAGAGGACUAACAUUGCUUACGACUGCGUCAUUGUCGACAACGACGCCACAGCACGAGAGCUGAGGGGCGAGGAUCGCUUCAAGUACAUCCCGCUUGUAAUGCUCACGCCCAGAGUAGCGAUAAGUCUGAGGUCAGCUCUGGAGAACGGUAUCUCCAGUUACAUGACCACGCCCUGCUUGCCCAUCGAUUUGGGUAACGCACUCAUCCCUGCUCUUGAUGGACGCGCUGCGCCUCUGGUCUCUGAUCACUCGAAGUCUUUCAACAUUUUGCUUGCGGAGGAUAACGCUGUGAACCAGAAGCUAGCUGUUCGCAUUCUGGAGAAGUACCACCACAGAGUCACCGUUGCUAAUAACGGUCUGGAAGCGUUUGAGGCCAUCCAAAAGAAGCGCUAUGACUGUAUCCUCAUGGACGUACAGAUGCCUGUCAUGGGUGGCUUCGAGGCUACAGCGAAGAUUCGUGAAUGGGAGCGUGAGAAUGGUAUUCCGUCUACUGCAGUCAUUGCCCUCACCGCCCACGCUAUGGUCGGUGAUCGUGAGAAGUGUCUGGCAGCGCAGAUGGACGAUUACCUUUCCAAACCCCUCCGUCAAAACCAGCUCAUUCAAACCAUUCUCCGAUGCGCAACAAUGGGCGGCGGAAUCUACGAUGCUUCCCACGCGAAAGACAACCUCACACCCACGCUCGGCCGCAUCGACGCUUCUCCCAACACCACUCCCCACGCAAACCCGUCGAAACGUCCCCAACUCGAAGCACGCGGCUUCACAGAACGAGGGCCCGCGGCCGCCGAGUCUCCGAAGCUUCUGGCGGCUGAUCAGACAGACGAUUCUGUCCAAGGGGUACUGUUAAGAUCCAUGUCCGACAUGCACUGAACGAGGCUGAUGAGUGGCAGUUGCUCCUGAGGAGUCACAGUAGCUGACUA